GCCAGGGCGCGGGGAAGUGCGGUGGCCAUGGCCAGCCACGUGGACCUGCUGACGGAGCUGCAGCUGCUGGAGAAGGUGCCCACGCUGGAGCGGCUGCGUGCUGCCCAGAAGCGCCGGGCCCAGCAGCUGAAGAAGUGGGCGCAGUACGAGCAGGACUUGCAGCACCGCAAGCGCAAGCAUGAGCGGAAGCGCAGCACAGGCGGCCGCCGCAAGAAGGUGUCCUUCGAGGCCAGCGUGGCCCUACUGGAGGCCUCACUGAGGAACGACGCCGAGGAAGUACGCUACUUCCUGAAGAACAAGGUCAGCCCUGAUUUGUGCAACGAGGAUGGACUCACAGCCCUGCACCAGUGCUGCAUUGACAACUUUGAGGAAAUUGUCAAGCUGCUCCUAUCCCACGGUGCGAACGUGAACGCCAAGGACAACGAGCUGUGGACGCCUCUGCAUGCUGCGGCCACCUGCGGCCACAUCAACCUGGUGAAGAUCCUCGUUCAGUAUGGGGCCGACUUGCUUGCUGUCAACUCUGAUGGGAACAUGCCAUAUGACCUCUGCGAGGAUGAGCCCACCCUGGAUGUCAUCGAGACCUGCAUGGCAUACCAAGGCAUCACCCAAGAAAAAAUCAACGAGAUGCGGGCAGCCCCAGAGCAGCAGAUGAUCUCAGACAUCCAUUGCAUGAUUGCAGCGGGCCAGGACCUAGACUGGAUAGACGCCCAGGGUGCCACGCUGCUGCACAUAGCCGGAGCCAAUGGCUACCUGCGGGCAGCUGAGCUCCUCCUGGACCACGGUGUGCGCGUGGACGUGAAGGACUGGGAUGGCUGGGAGCCCCUGCACGCGGCUGCCUUUUGGGGACAGAUGCAGAUGGCAGAGCUUUUGGUGUCCCAUGGGGCUAGUCUCAGUGCAAGGACAUCCAUGGAUGAGAUGCCAAUAGACCUGUGUGAGGAGGAGGAGUUCAAGGUCCUGCUGCUGGAGCUGAAACACAAGCACGAUGUGAUCAUGAAGUCACAGCUGAGGCACAAGUCGUCCUUGAGCCGGAGGACAUCCAGCGCAGGCAGCCGUGGGAAGGUGGUGCGUCGAGCCAGCCUGUCAGACAGGACCAACCUGUACCGGAAGGAGUACGAGGGUGAGGCCAUACUGUGGCAGCAGCGGAGUGCGGCCGAGGACCAGCGCACCUCGACCUACAACGGGGACAUCCGGGAGACCAGGACAGAUCAGGAGAAUAAGGACCCGAACCCCAGGCUAGAGAAGCCUGUGCUGCUCUCCGAAUUUCCUACCAAGAUUCCACGAAGUGAACUGGACAUGCCUGUUGAGAAUGGCCUCCGAGCUCCAGUCAGCGCCUACCAGUAUGCAUUGUCCAAUGGGGACAUCUGGAAGGUGCAUGAGGUGCCUGACUACAGCAUGGCCUAUGGCAACCCUGGUGUGGCCGACACCACCCCACCCUGGAGUGGCUACAAGGAGCAGAGCCCCCAGACGCUUCUGGAGCUGAAGCGGCAGCGGGCUGCAGCCAAGCUGCUCAGCCACCCCUUCCUGAGCACCCACCUGGGCAGCAGCAUGGCCAGGACGGGCGAGAGUAGCAGUGAAGGCAAGGCCCCCUUGAUCGGAGGCAGAACUUCACCGUACAGCAGCAAUGGGACCUCGGUGUAUUACACGGUCACCAGCGGAGAUCCCCCGCUCUUAAAGUUCAAGGCCCCCAUGGAGGAGAUGGAGGAGAAGGUCCACGGCUGCUGCCGGAUCUCCUAGUCUCCUUGUAACAGAGGAGAGAGAUGCCCCGGGGAGGGGUCGCUGGAAUCCAGGCCAGCCCAACAGCCUUGGCGGGGGAGGUGUCAGAGGGCAGCCGGGAGAGGUGGGCUCUGCUUUCCAG